AUGGAGACAGGUGUUCCCAGUUUGAUAUCACAGUCUUUCACACAUUCGCUCUGUCGCCAAUUUGGCUUUUCUUUGGAUCAAUCAUAUGUUCCUACCGGGGAUUCCAGUAUCCUUACUAUUAUCAAGUUUUUAUUAAUGAUUUUUUUCACUCCCGUUUUCAAGUUUUUCUUUCUUAGUUUUUUUAAAAGAUUUUUUUCUUUAUUCCAUUAUUUAUUCUAUUUGCUUGCGAUUAUUGUUCGUUUAUUUAGUCAUUUAUUUCCUUUCCUGUUUCAGUUCCUCAAUUUGAAUUUUGUCUUUCUUUUCCGACAUACUUUCCUUUCGAUAUCGUUUAUAUUCUUUGCUUUUUUUCUCUUCAAUCUUAUCUAUCUAUCUAUCUAUCUAUCUAUCUAUCUAUCUAUCUAUCUAUCUAUCUAUAUAUAUAUAUAUAUUAUUGCUAGAGCUUUUUUUUUCUAUGGCUUUUCUUUCUUUCUUUCUUUCUUUCUUACUUUCUUUCUUUCUUACAGACUUUAUUUCUUUUUGUCUUUCUUUCUUUUUCUUUCUUUCUUUAUCUUUCUUUCUUUCGUUCAUUUUCUUUCUUUCUUUCUUUCUUUCUUUAUUACAUUAUUUAUUUGGGCUUUUAUUUAUCUUUCUAUUUCUUUCUUUUUCAUUUUCUUUCUUUCUUUCUUUCUUUCUUUCUUUCUUUCUUUCUUUCUUUCUUUCUUUCUUUCUCUUACCAGGAGACAACUGAGAAAAGAUGCGAAAAAUUCUUUUAUGAACUUCCUGCCCUCACUACUUUUUUUUUUACUUUUUUAA